AUGGCUUCGGCAGUUCCAGCAUUUCGUUCCACAAAGGAGACCACUAAUUAUGCCAGAUUAUGUCGCCUUCUUGUAGAUGUUGGUUGUCAUGCACUAAGGGAGAGAUUUGACAAAAUUCAUUCACCUGCUGGGCUUUUUACCCUUUUACAAAAUCCUGCAGUACAUGGAACACUGGAUUCACUUCGCAAAAAGAGAGUUCUGAAUCCAUCACAAUGGGGCAAACUGUAUCCUGCUAUCAGAUCUUCAGUAACUUCAGUUAACUUUGACAUAACCCUGCUGAUGGUUCUUCUAAGAAGUAUUUGCGGUUUGACUCCUCCGGCCACUGGUUGGGAUAAUCUUCCACCAGCUACAGAUCUUAGUGUAGAGGCUGACAUUGCCCGUGUUAAGUUUUAUAGAAACAGGAUGUAUGGUCAUGCCAGUCAUGCCUCUGUUGAUGAUGUAACAUUCAGUACCUGCUGGAAUGAUAUAACUGACGCAAUUGUGAGACUUGGGGGAUCGCUGUACAGAGCCGCGGUUAAUGACCUCAGAAAUGAGCCCAUGGACCGUGAUGUUGAAGAUCACUAUAAAGAACUUCUGAAGCAGUGGAAGGUGGAUGAAGACAACAUUAAGAUAAAGUUAGAGGAGGUAGGAGAGAAGCUAGAAGAACGUAAAGCAUCAGUUGAUAAUCUUGAAGGAAGAAAGGCACCAGUGGCAGGUAAGUCCAAACUUGAGUUACAAAAGCCUGAGAUGCCAUUAUUUUGACCAUCUUUUUUUUUUUGCCACAUAAAAAUGGGAUUUCAGGCAAAUUGAUAUGAAGGCGCAAAAAGGGGAUAUACACCCCUCCCGUCUUUCCUGAACCUCUCACUAGGCUCCUGACCACAUUUCAGGGAUGUUGCUAAAAUGGGGAACAGAGUCUGACAGUGAACAGUGAACACUGGGAACAGGGAGUGAACAUGGGAAAUGGGAAAAUGAAAAAUGGUAAAACAACCCACCCCCAUCUGACACACUCUGAACCAAACCACCUUAAGUGUCCACUUCAUCUCAGGUCAGAAGCCUGUGUUUUGAAUGUCUGUGUUUUCAAGCCAACUUGUACAUGUAAUUGGGCUUGUUAAAUCUUAUAAAUCACACUCUAUAGGGUGUUUCAAAAGUGAGUGCUAAUUUUUUCUUCGCUUAAAUUUCACUGAUUAUUAUAAAUACCUUUUGUAAAACUUUGCAUUGUAUUAAUUAUUCAUUUAACAUUGAAUAACUGAAAAAUAAACCAGAAUGUCUUCCUUUAUGUUAUCUAACAUUUUAUAAGUGGUGAGGUGUAGAAUGUGUGAGCUCCCAAAGCGUGCCUGAAGGCACAUUUUUCCAGGCGAAGUGUAGUCACUGUCUUAGCUCGUCCAGUGUUUUGGGGGCUGGAUCUUUGUAUGUUGUCUGGUCAAAGAUGAUCCAGAUGGUCUCUAGGGGGUUCACAUCAUGUGAGUUUGCUGGCCGGUCGUCUUUUGCUAUAAAGUUUCUAAAUCCUUCUGGCACCAUGUCUGCAUGUGCGCCACCUUUUUGUCUUCAAGGCUUUCCAACCUUUGUUGGUCAUAUAUCUUCAUACUCUUGUGCUCGAAACUUUGAAAUUUUGAAGCUGAUUUUUUUUACCUUUCUGUGUUGUAGAAUGAAUUAUUACACAUAUACUUACAGCUUUUUCGACAACAUUUCUUACACAUUUCAAUUAAAAAAAUGGCCAUCCACUCCUUGGUUUGUCCUCUAAAGUCUUUACUUUUGACCAAUAAUUAUUCACUUAUAUCGUUCAGACUUGUUCAACAGUUAAGCAAUUUCUGUGCCUGAGUGGCUAGGAGACUGUAAAAAUGGAUGCCUAAGCAUUAGCACAAACAGUGCAGGCCUUCAUUUUCGUGAAAGAGUACAGAAAAUUAAAAAAACGAAAAUAUAACGUACAAAAUGGGCAGGAAAAGUAUGGCGGGAAAAAAACUCGCGUUCGUGCACGUUUGGGGCAAAACUUCAAAAAUAAUUCUUCAAAUUUUAGUUUGAAAUUGCUUUGAAAGGUUAUUUAGAUAAAUUUCUUACUUGAAUCAGUUUACAUUUGCCUAAAGAAGCAUUAAAUGCUUUUUUGCAAAAUACAAUUUACAAUUGGAACGAACUUUUGAAACACCCUGUUUAUAGAUAUCUGUUUGGCAUGCUUCUUUUUACUGCAUGAUAUGUUCAUGAGUACAUACAGCACUUUUUUUCACUUUCAUUGAGGAAAACAGCCAACAAUUUGUGGCACAACAAGAGUUUCCUGCGAAAUGAUGGCUGAGAAACAUGCGCAGGAAUUCCUUACUGAUGAUGUGGCUGGGUAGUGCUUCUGAUUUUUUGAAAUUGCUUCAUCCAGGCAGAAGCACUACCAGUGGCGGAUCUAGACCCUGACAUAGGCGGUCAUGUUGAAACGCAGACCAUGCAGACUGCAGACAGCAGACUCUGCAGACCGUGCAGACUGUGCAGACUGAGUAUUAUUUUUUUACUUGUACCUUAAUUUUCUAGUAAAAUUUUUACUAUAGUUUCCUGCUUCCUCUCAUUAUGUGCACUGUGCAUCACCAUCAUAUGUGCACUGGUGUGUAUACCUGCAAGGGUCAUGGGUAGGAAAUGAGAAAAUUACGGGCUCAUGUUUACCAGGAGGUGUAAAAGCAGUUUCGCAUGCUUUUAGCUGUGCUGCUUUCAAGCAGGAGCGAGCACGAAGGAGGAAGGUAAGCUGUUUCUUUCUGUAACGUUGUAUUAUAUUGCCAUGAUUAUUUUUUUUAGUAGAAAAAGCUUUUUCAGGUUAAGUGACUUAAAAUAAAACCCUUUUCAGCUAAUCCUACAACGGCUACGAGAGAGACAUUUCCUCAAUUUCCUUGAUUGUUGAUGAUCGUCUUUGGUUUCACUCUGUAAUUCAAACCGGUGACUUGCCGUCAUUUCUUCAAAUCUUACAGAUACCGAUGUCAUCGUUGUUAGUUCGGUCAGUUACAGAAAGAAACAGCUUACCUUCCUCCUUCGUGCACGCUCCUGCGUGAAAGCGGCGCAGCUAAAAGCACGCGGAACUGCUUUUACAUCUGCCGGUAAACAUGAGCCCGUGAUUUUCUCAUUUCCUACCCAUGACCCUUGCAGGUAUACACAUCAGUGCACAUAUGAUGGUGAUGCACAGUGCACAUAAUAAGAGGAAGCAGGAAACUAUAGUAAAAAUUUUACUAGAAAAUUAAGGUACAAGUAACAAAAUAACACUCAGUCUGCACAGUCUGCACGGUCUGCAUGGUCUGCGUUUCAACAUGACUGUGAGAUGGCGGGGGGAGGGGGGGGGCACAAAAAAUUUUUUUUUUCAGGCCCCAGUUUGGUCUAAAAAUAAGUGGGGCAAGGGGGGGGAGGUCAGGCCCCCCGGACUCCUCCCCUAGAUCCACCACUGACUACCCAGAUUUGGGUAGUGACAUGUCAUUAGUCUGGAAUUUCUGCGCUCAUUCCUCAGACAUCAUUUUGCGGGGAAACCAGUGGUAACAUCGAUCCGAAAAUGUUGGCUGUUCUCUCAGGCUAUUUUCGCACUGCCUUUAACAGAUGAAGAAGAGCAUUGCUCUAUAAGAUUUUCAAACCCAUUCGUUAAUCGCCUGACUUCCUUGUCGCUACCCAUUCUGUUCGUGGAUUAACUUUUCCCCAAAACAAAUCCCACCUCUGCUUUUGUUAUAGGCCACCAUAAAAAAUACCAUAAUAUUGUCAAAUUGCUGUUUGGGCAGACCUUCAGGCUGAUGUUCUCAUUUAGUUUUGUGCUUUGCAGGAACUGCAGGUUCAAUGGUCGAUUUCCUAAAAUACCAUUUUUCAUAUUUAAAAGCAAUAGAAAGCGUUUUCCGUGUUUGCAUAGCCUGAUAUAAACACGAGACGGGUUGGGAGAAUUCGAGACAGUUAUGCCCAACCCAAGACGAAGUCGAGGGUUUGCAUAACUUCAAGAAUUCUCCCAAUGCCUUGCCAAAAAAUGCAAAACUCUUUGUAUGGCACUGAUUGAAAGAGAAAUUCUUACCAGUAGCAAAGUCUUGUCCACGAAGUCUUGCAUGCGUAAUCAGUUCUUGUUUUCCAAAAAGAUGCUUUCCAAAAUACGGAGUUUUCUCGCUUAAAAUGUCAGCUUAAGCGAAGAAAAAUUGACACACCUUCUUUGUAACGAUUUUCCAAGUUUCAGCCGACGAAGGAAUGGGUAAAUAAAGUAAACUUGUGGAGUUUUGAACGCAAAAACGUUUUCAAAUUCGUGCUCGCGGGAUUAGCGAAAAGCAAAACGUCUUGACACCACAACCAUGUUUACAUACUCUCAUGCAAACACUCCUCUUGGCCAAUCAGAGCGUGCGUACUACCUUAGUUAUUUUAUAAAGUAAUCUAUACUGUGUAUAAUUAUUGCAGCCUUUUUAACUUGUGGGUACACGCGAGCGUACCACGAGUUAUUGCAGGGACACAGAUAUGCAAAUGAGUCACUCGCUCACUCGUAGUAGACGCACUUCGUAAUUAAUCGGGUCCGAACUCGAGAGCCCGAAGAUCUAUCGUUUCCAAAGAAGCACGCGCUCGCCGAAGUUCGGUAGCAUCAAAUUCCUCGCUGAGAGCGUGCAUCGUGCGCUACAGCACGGUGAGGAUAGAGGUCUUACCAAAUUUAAGACACGCAGGAAUCUUUCACUUAGUACGAUUCAAAAGCCUUUGACCCGUCCAGGCGUUAAACUUGACGAGAAGAUGAGCAUUUGCUCUUCGACUCCUUCAACUUCGACGCUGGCUUGAUCUCCUACCUUGUAGUAGUGUAGUAGGUUAUGUGUAUNCUCCUUCAACUUCGACGCUGGCUUGAUCUCCUACCUUGUAGUAGUGUAGUAGGUUAUGUGUAUGAAUGAAUUUAUGGCGGUCAGUAUAAAACACGGACUGCGGACUACGGACUGGGUAUAAAAUACGGACUAUAAAAUACGGACUGGUGAAAUGUAUGGUAAAUAAAGGCACUUCUUCUUCUUCUUCUUCUUAAGGACUCCCCAAGAUCAGGGGGGGAAAUGGAUGUGAGUUUGAGCAUUACCUUUAAAAUAACAGCGGAAAUCGAGAUAAGAAAAAUAUAAGCUAAUGUUUUGCGUCCUACUUCGCGGUGGAGUUGUGUCGGCUUUGUAUCGCAUAUGUUCUUUCAUUGCCAUGAAAUGCGUUUACAUUGUUUUUUACUAUCAGUAGCCAGGUUUCAAUUAGCCUUAAUUUUAUCCGAUUGCUUCGAGUCGUUUUUUCAAUCGGUUAAGUAUGGCUCGAUCUUUUGCCCCGGUCGUUUGCCGGCGGAAGUUCCAUGGAAAGGGAAUUAAACUUAAGACUUUUCACCAUAUCAUGUGACCAUCCUCAAUGGCGUAGUGGCUAUGUGAGGUCGGGUCAACCCGAUGGUACCGGGUUCAAAUUCUGCUGAGGACCUUCUUUUUCCCUUCUUCCUUUUUUCUUUUUCUUUUUUGUUUUGUCUUGUUUGCUUAUUUGUUUUGCUGGGUUUUUUUGUUUUUUUGUUUUUAAAUAUAUACUUAUAUAACUGUUACUAAAGUGCAAUAAACAGCAAGAAAAGUAUUGUGUUUCCAGAACAAGGAAAGUAUAUUUAUAAUCUGAAUUUCUAUCAUGUCCUAAAAUUCACUGUUUGAAAACCAGAGGUGAUAACUAAUUGAUUAUUUUCUGAACAACGUACCCACGAGUUGACGAUAGUCUUUCUUUGAUUUGUUACAAUGGAACAAUAGAAUUCAGAGAAUGUAAUUAGGAGCCUUAAUUUCACGAGAACCUGUAGCUUUAACUGUAUUUCUGAUUAAGGAGUCCUUCCAAGAGAUACCAAGAGAUACUAAACUGUUUCCUUGCAAGUACACUGAUCAGUAAUAUACAAAUUUUCAACACACUCAGAUACAUUGUACAAGCAAAUUGUGCACAGAAGAUAUUUUUGCAAAAGUAAUGUUUACAUGAAGAACUACCCAAACAGCAGUUUGAGGAUAUUAUAAUGGUAUUUUUUGAAGUGGCCUUUAUGUAUGUUUGUUGCAAUGUAUGUAUGCAUGACAUUGUUUUCAGCAGUUGGACCAUAAAAUACAGACCUGUGUACGUCUCUGAUGUCAAAAUGCCUGCUGGGCUAUUGGCCAUCAUGGACCACAAUACAAUUACAGAUUAGAACUGAAAUUUAAUGAAAAUAAAACUAAAAUAAAUCAAAACAAAGUACUGUUUAAUUUAAACGUUAAAAAAAGAAGAUAAAAUAAUAGUGAAGACGAAACUGAAAAAAAUAAAUUUUGAAGAUGAAAGGAAAAUAAGGAACAUCACAGAAAAAUUCUAUAGCCCUAUUGGGCCACUACACAAGCAUGUGUCUUGAAAACUAUGUGAUAUAUUAUAUUUUUCUUGAUUUUUCCAUAGCUGUGCUUGUUGUGAACACCAUUGAGACAAUUGUGCAAGGUGGAGUUGUGAUCAACGUAUUUAAUCCGCCUGGUUCCUCUCAGACAACACAACGCAACGAUCACACGACUGAGUUAGACUAUUGGAAUUUGAUUCUGUCAUUAAGGAGACCUUUGGAAUCCUUUUGUCAGUACUUGAAAAACAUGCUGAAUGUUGAUGUACGACAUCAUGAUACAGGCAGUUUGUUACUUACUGUUGAAUGCAGGUCAUUGCAGAUCCUUGAAGGAUUAUGGGAAGACUACUGCAGCGGGCAUCUUAAUGAAAUGGCUCAAGAAUCUUUGAUUACCGCUGAAGUCCUGGAAAAACUUGGACUUAGUGAGAUCAAGUUGAAAACAUUUAUAUCUGAAGAGGAGUAC